AUGCAUUUGCCGACAUCCCAUCCGCAUCAUCGACAAGAGCAGCAGCAUCAGCAAACCAUCAUCGAGCAGCAACUCGCUUCGAGCGAUUUUCUCAACAAUAACAACAACAACGAGUGGAUCUCGAAGGAUUGGAGCAAUAACAACAACAACAAUAAUAGCGAGACGAUAGAAGGAUCCGGCGCCUUGAACGACCUGAAGGGGGGCCAACAACAUCAGGUUAUGGACCCCCCGAGCAACAGUAACAGCAGUAGUUCGCCCGUUGCGAUUCAAGAUGAGCUUUGGUGGAUUGAUCCUUUGGUAGCGCAAGCCCAACAGGAAUAUCCCCAUGAAUUGAUUCGUACCGGCAAUCCGUAUUUUUUGUGCUCACAGUUACCCUCACAUUGGCGCUCCAACAAAACGCUGCCCGUCGCCUUCAAAGUUGUUGCCCUUUGCGACAUCAUGGAUGGCACUGUCGUGAAUGUCAAGGCUGGAAAUGACGAGAACUACAGUUCAGAGCUUCGCAACAACAAUGCUGUGAUGAAAAAUCGUGUCGCGAAAUUCAAUGAUUUGCGAUUCGUGGGACGCAGCGGCAGAGGUAAAAGCUUCACUCUGUCGAUCACAAUUCAAACGGAUCCUCCGCAAGUCGCAACUUACAGCAAAGCCAUCAAAGUAACAGUCGAUGGACCAAGAGAACCGCGAUCCAAAACUAGUCCUACUAAUAGUCAUCGUUUCUCAUCACUAACAAUCGGUCGAUUGCCCAUCGAUCACUUCGCCAAUCAUCAUUUGACACAUUUCCGUGAAUAUGAAAGGAUGAAACAGCGACACAGUGUCUCGGAUCGCACAUCAACCUCGUCGACGGCAAGCAACAGCGCACAAAUCAGCAGCACAACUCUCUCGUCAACAAAUAACAACAACAACAAUAACAAUUCCAGUAGUAAUAAUAACAACAACAAUAAUGCCGCCGUGACAAGCACAAACGGAAAAAUUCUCGACUGUCAAGGAUACAAUCCCAAUUUGCCACAAGGAACGCAAGAUACGCACUUGAGUCAUGCGAGUGAAUGGACUGGAUAUACAGGAACGACAGCAGCUCCUUAUUCGUACCCUUCGUAUCCGACUUACGAUAAUGCGCUCAUGGAACAUCCUUCGAAUUAUCUGCCGACAGUAAUUCCCGGCGUUUCUGACUCCCCAUAUGCAUCUCCCGAAUACCCAAUUUCGAACACGUCUGUCGUUCAAAGCUCCGUACCGAGUUGUGCCAAUGCCUCAUAUCCCGCGCAUCACGUGAAACAAUCGGAGCUCGUCGAUCCCUCCGCUUACGGUUACAACAAUUGGUCAAAUUACAACAAUUUUCCGAAUUAUGCGCCCUGUGCUCAAUCGCAAUACGGAAUGCCGCCAGCUCCGUUGGUUGUUUAUCCGCAAGUGCAUUCCAUCGUCAACCAGAAUCAGAUUCAUUUGCAUCUUCAUGGCACAGAUAAGCUUGAUCAGUUUUUGGGGGGAGGCAGCGAGAAUGCUUUGAUGAUUGGCGCAACGAGAACGAGCACAAGUAGCGAAGUUGGCAUCGGAGACAAUCAAAAUCAAUUGGGUUUAAUGCCGGAAACCGAAGGCAGUGAUGUUUGUGAAACGGGACAGGAGAAUCGCGAAGGAGAUAAUUUGAUGGAAAGACCUUAUUGGAGAACUUUUAGCGAAUAAUAUUGACCGCAGCAUGAGUUUUACGGCAAUUUUUACAUUUUGAAUUUAUUUUUUUAUAAUUUAAUUUCG